UCAUUCCUUCUCCAUCCACUAAAUGCUCUUUGUCCUCCUUUCAUCAAUCCUCAUUCCCUUGCCAAUUUUUUCCCUUUCUUUUUUUCUACUGAUACAAUUGAUGAUCUCUCCCAGUUAGUUUCUAUCUGUGUGAGCCAUCUGUUCACUCUUCUGUGUGUUUUUGCAGUUCCCACAGAACUUUUUGAAGAUCAUAAGCAGACAUAUAUACAGUUUCUUGGAUACACUUACAUAUAUACAUCCCUACACAAGGGGAAAAGGAGAAAUUGAUUAUUUGAUCAACAAUGGCUUCAUCCAGCUCCUACAACUCUCCCUGCGCUGCCUGUAAGUUCUUGCGGAGAAAAUGCAUACCGGGCUGCAUUUUUGCGCCUUAUUUCCCCCCGGAAGAGCCUCAGAAAUUCGCCAACGUUCACAAGAUCUUCGGGGCAAGCAACGUGACCAAACUUCUGAACGAGCUUCUGCCCCACCAGCGCGAGGAUGCCGUGAAUUCCCUAGCCUACGAGGCGGAGGCCCGCGUCCGGGACCCCGUUCACGGCUGCGUCAGCGCCAUUUCCUUCCUCCAGAGACAGGUUGACCGUCUGCAGAAGGAGCUUGACGCCGCAAAUGCAGACUUGAUCCGUUUCGCCUGCAACGACAUUCAGGCAGCCGGACUGCAGCCUCCCCCGGCCGCCCCUCAAGCAUUGGCUUCCACACACAUGGUGCCGGCGCAGCCGCGGACGGUGGGUGGUUGGGGAGGUAGAUUUUAUCAAACACCUAGCUUCCCAAUUAUCCCAUAUUCAUCAUCUAUGCCAUGGAAUGAUAAUUAUAACCCUCAUGGAGGAGGGAGCAUUUGAGAGUUAACUUUUUCAAAAGGGUUUCAUGAUCAUGAUCACCUGUCUAGGGUUUAUGUCUCACUAGGGGGAAUUCUUGGAUGCAGAAGGCCCUUUUUUCCUUUAUGGUAUGCAAAAUUUGAUCUAAGUAGUCAUGGUUUUUCUAGCUAGCUAUAGCCUCACAUGCAUUCUUCUAGCUAGAAAGCCUCUCACUCUUUCUACAGAACAUUAAUUAAACUUGGUAUUUUAGCAACUGUAUUCAACUGCUAUAUAUAUAAGCCAAGAAUUAGUCUCUUGUUUAGUGUAUAUUAAUUGAGGGAUGGUGAAGACAUUGGGAAUUAUGUUGGGAUUGAU